AAUGUGCGCUACAGGAGAGCACGCUUUCUUCUCAUCUCAUCACACCUUCGCAAGAUUCAUGUGUAAAAUGCGGCUUACACGGACACGGUGGACUAUCUGCACCAUAAGCAUCCUGCUGAUAUUCUACAAGACGACAGAUAUUGGCAGAAAUGAAGCGCAUCAGAAAACUGGAUCGACAGGGAAGUCUGAGCCCAGUUCUACUAGACUGAUGGCCAACGGCUCUGGGAAACUUUUCGGCUUUAGUUUAAGUGAUCUGAGUGACAUGGGAGUGGGAUGGAAGAUCAAUGCCACCCUUGUGACCAUCAUAAGGAAGGACGUACUUCGCUUCUUGGAUGUGGAGAGAGACGUGUCUGUUGUCAAGAGCAGUUUUAAACAAGGCGAUACAGUCCACUAUGUUCUGGACCGACGCAGGACAUUCAAUAUUUCUCAAACUCUACACAGUUUACUUCCUGAAGUCUCUCCACUAAAGAACAAGACGUUCAAGACAUGUGCCAUUGUGGGAAACUCAGGCAUUCUCCUAAAGAGCAGAUGUGGGAAGGAGAUAGACAGCCAUGGAUUUGUUAUACGAUGUAACCUUGCUCCACUAGAGGAGUUUGCAGAUGAUGUGGGUUUAAGGUCAGACUUCACCACUAUGAACCCCUCUGUGAUCCCGCGGGUGUUUGGGGGUCUGCGGGACGAAAGACAGCGGGAGAGUUUCAUCCUGCGUCUACAGCAGCUAAACAACAGCGUGCUCUGGAUUCCUGCCUUCAUGGUGAAGGGUGGAGAGAGGCAUGUGGAAAUUGUGAACGAGCUCAUUCUUAAACACAAACUGAAAGUGCGCACAGCAUAUCCUUCACUCCGCCUUAUCCAUGCUGUACGAGGGUACUGGCUUACAAAUAAGAUAAAUAUCAAACGACCAUCUACUGGAUUAUUGAUGUACACAAUGGCUACACGCUUCUGUGAUGAAAUCCACCUGUAUGGAUUCUGGCCUUUCCCAAAGGACGGUAACAGAAAUACUGUUAAAUAUCAUUACUAUGACGGACUGAAAUAUCGCUAUUUUUCCAGUGCGGGACCCCACCGCAUGCCGCUGGAGUUCAAAACGCUGAAGACACUGCACAGUAAGGGUGCGCUGAAACUGACAACCUCUGAAUGCACAUAUGCUUGACGUGCAGCUCAUGGACGGACACUCAGGACUCGAGUGAAGGCUGAGAAAUCAAACUAAAAUGUGUUUCGAGCUUUGGAGAAUGCGUGUGCCUUCAACUGCAAACUGUGACCUGUUCAUCCUGUGAGACUUCUGAUUCAUUUACUAUAGAGAAAGUGCAAUGCUUUAGAUACUGAACAAUCUAGUAUUGUUUCCAAAUGACAACUGAAACAGUCCUGCUUAGUGCUUUGAUACUGUGUAUUAGGAUCUUGGUAAGUGAUCUUGUCUGAAAAUGUCUUACACAAAAGUUGCCAAAGAUGCCGUUCCAUCCUUGUUUGAGAGGUUCUUUGUCUGUACUGUACUCUUUAGUAUUAUUUUUUUGUUUCACACAGUUCAGAGAUUCCUAACUUGGUCACACAUGUCCAAACGACUACAUAAGCAGGUGCUUUUCAGUUCCCUUUUAAGGGUAAAAAAACCUAUGUGUGUAAAUGUUUUAUGAAUUUGUCGUGAAUUGCAAUAUGGGUAAUUUGGUGAGUGUGUU